AUGUUACUUUCAAAAGGACAAGUGACAACUCGUUAUUAUCGUUUUCUUGCUAAAAAUGGUGGUUGGAUAUGGAUGCAAAGUUAUGCAACACUUGUUCAUAAUAAUCGAUCAUCUCGACCUGAAGUUAUUGUUAGUGUAAAUUAUGCACUAAGUGAUGUUGAAGCUAAACAUUUACAAUUAUCAAUCGAUCAACUUGAAAAUUCAUCAUCGGAUUAUAUUCGUUCAAAUCAAACAUUAAUAGUUAAUUCAAUUGAUAAUGAAAAAUGUUCAUCAACAAAUACAAGUUUAAAUACUACAGCAUCAUCAUCAUCAUCAUCAAAUCGUAGUUCUUCAAAAAUACUUAAAACAAAUCGUUUAAUAAAACAACGUAAAUUAUCUCCAAUAAGAACUGAUUUACGUGCAGCAAUAAUUGAUGAUUAUCCAUCAACAAUAUGUUAUAAUACUGAUGAACAUUAUUAUACUCAUAAUACACAAACAAAUUAUCCAAAUUUUUCUCUUUAUACAACAGGUACUAAUAAUCAUUCAAAUCCAUUUAAUAAUCUCGAUGAAUCCAUGUAUUAUGAUCAAAAACGUAUAUCAUCAUAUGAUAUUAAUAAUAAACGAAUUCGUCUUGAUAAUGAUCAUCAUCAUCAUCAUUUAUCUUUAAUUGAUUAUGAAACAAAUCUUCCGUCUGAAAAACUUGAUUUAUAUUCAUCAUCAACAAAUAAUUGUUAUGUAUCAACGAAUUAUCAAACAGAACAUCCAUAUCAUCAUACAUCAGUUAUUGUCGAUAGUCAACAGUAUUUUCUUAAUGGAUGGAAUGGAACUACUGCUUUUUGA